AUGACUUCUCCGGAUAUUCAAAAAAACAUUGUGAGUUCUUAUGCAAAAGAAACGGUGAAAAUAAUUAUUGAAGACUUGAAUGGGGAUUACUUUGAAAUUUUGGUUGAUGAGUCUAAAGAUGUUUCUCAUAAGGAACAAAUGACACUUGUUCUACAAUAUGUCAACAAAGAGGGUAAGCUUAUUAAGAUAUUUCUUGGUCUUGUUCAUGUUAAAGACACAUCUGCAAAGUCGUUGAAAGAAGCGAUCAACUCUUUGCUUUUAGAUCAUUCUUUGAGUCAAUCCCAAAUACGGGGACAAGGUUAUGAUAGAGCUAGUAACAUGCAGGGAGAGAUUAAUGGUCUUAAAACUUUGAUUUUGAAAGAUAAUUCUUCAGCAUAUUGCAUACAUUGCUUUGCUCAUCAGUUACAAUUGACUCUUGUAGCUGUUGCGCAGAAACAUGAUGAUGUGAAUAAUUUUCUUGACAUUCUUCCUAAUAUUUUAAAUAUUGAUGGAGGUUCUUUUAAGUGCAGGGAGAUGCUUCGAGACGAUCAAGCUGAAAAAUUAGAGGAAUUACUAUUGCUUGGUGAAGUUCAUACGGGAAGUGGAUUAAAUCAGGGACUUGAACUUCAAAGACCCGGUGAUAUCUGUUAG